CAAAGUCGGUCAUUUUCCACUGGCGCGACUUGAACGCAAAAGACCUUCCACCAGGUGAUCGAUCGCCCAGUCAACUGUGGACGCUGUACAACCUGGAGGCACCGCCGCACACACAACGCCUGCCGGAGGACAAUGAUUUGCUUAGCUUUAACUUGACAGCCAACUACCGACGUGAUUCCCACAUAAACAUUCCUUAUGGGCGAAUAGUUCCUAAGAGACGGCGGAAAACGGCUGAAGUUUCUUCAGUUGAUGUGGCAAACAAGUCGAAGCAGAUUGCCUGGUUUGUAAGCAACUGUCACACGACCAGCCAUCGAGAAGACUACGUCAAGCAGCUUGCUCGGUACAUUCAAGUGGACGUCUACGGCAAGUGCGGGCAUCUCAACUGCUUGCCACCAAACAGCUAUGAGUGCUACCGGAAGAUAGCACGUGAAUACCGGUUCUAUUUAAGUUUUGAAAACUCCAUUUGCAGGGACUAUGUUACUGAGAAACUGUUUAACAUUCUGGACUACAAUCUCAUUCCCAUUGUUUUCGGUGGCGCCAACUAUUCAGAUUUUAUGCCGCCUCAUUCCUACAUUGACGCCACUGAAAUGAAGCCAGUUGAUUUAGCUGCUUUACUUCAAAAACUGUCCAACGACCCAGCUGAGUACCUGAAGUACUUUGAAUGGAAGGCUAACUUUGGGACUGACAAACAAAGCACUCAUUACAAUGAGGUUCUAUUUUGUAAACUUUGUGAAGAAAUGGAAAAGCAGCAACUGAAAUCGGUGCAAAGUAGCGCUAGUUCGCUGACAGCCAAAGCUAUCAAUAACUGGUACUUUGAGAACGCUUGCAACGUCAGGAAACUGCAAUUUUUCUAG